CAUACCAGGUCUUUUCUGUGCUUUAGGUUGAUUCUUCACCACACUGAAACCAUUAGGAAAAAUCCUUGUGGUUAACAGCAGAGGCUUCAGAGUGUAACCUGUACUCGGGCCUAGAAAUUAUUUUAAAUGGCGACUGAUACGUCUCAAGGUGAACUCGUCCAUCCUAAGGCACUCCCACUUAUAGUAGGAGCUCAGCUGAUCCACGCGGACAAGUUAGGUGAGAGUAAUUUGCAUCAGAUCCUGGAGUCGACUUGAAGAAUUCUCCUACAUCUGACACCUGCCCCUUGAGAAAGAAGAGAAUUUUUUGUGCUCGUGUGAUUAUGGCCAUCUCUUUUCUUAGAAGGUAGAAGAUAACACCAUGCCGAUUCGCCGAGCUGUGAAUUCGACCCGGGAAACUCCUCCCAAGAGCAAGGUCGCUGAAGGGGAGGAAGAAAAGCCAGAACCAGAUGUAAGUUCAGAGGAAUCUAUCUCCACUGUAGAAGAACAAGAGAAUGAAACUCCACCUGCUACAUCUAGUGAGACAGAGCAGCCAAAGGGAGAACCUGAGAGUGAAGAGAAGGAAGAAAACAAGUCUUCUGAGGAAACCAAAAAGGAUGAGAAAGAUCAGUCUAAAGAAAAGGAGAAGAAAGUGAAAAAAACAAUACCUUCCUGGGCUACCCUUUCUGCCAGCCAGCUAGCCAGGGCCCAGAAACAAACACCGAUGGCUUCCUCCCCACGUCCCAAGAUGGAUGCAAUCCUAACUGAGGCCAUUAAGGCAUGCUUCCAGAAGAGUGGUGCAUCUGUAGUUGCUAUUCGAAAAUACAUCAUCCAUAAGUACCCUUCUCUGGAGCUGGAGAGAAGGGGCUACCUCCUUAAACAAGCACUGAAAAGAGAGUUAAAUAGAGGUGUCAUCAAACAGGUGAAAGGAAAAGGUGCUUCCGGAAGUUUUGUUGUGGUCCAAAAAUCAAGGAAAACACCGCAGAAAUCCAGAAACAAAAAGAGGAGCUCUGCAGUGGAUCCAGAACCGCAAGUAAAAUUGGAGGAUAUCCUCCCACUGGCCUUCACUCGUCUUUGUGAACCUAAAGAAGCUUCCUACAGUCUCAUCAGGAAAUAUGUGUCUCAGUAUUACCCUAAGCUGAGAGUGGACAUCAGGCCUCAGCUGUUGAAGAAUGCUCUGCAGAGAGCAGUAGAGAGAGGCCAGUUAGAACAAAUAACUGGCAAAGGUGCUUCUGGGACAUUCCAGCUGAAGAAAUCAGGGGAGAAACCCCUACUUGGUGGAAGCCUGAUGGAAUAUGCAAUCUUGUCCGCCAUUGCUGCCAUGAAUGAGCCGAAGACCUGCUCCACCGCUGCUCUGAAGAAGUAUGUCCUGGAGAACCACCCAGGGACCAAUUCUAACUAUCAAAUGCACUUACUGAAGAAAACCCUGCAGAGAUGCGAAAAGAAUGGAUGGAUGGAACAGAUCUCUGGUAAAGGAUUCAGUGGCACCUUCCAGCUCUGCUUUCCCUAUUACCCCAGUCCAGGAGUUCUGUUUCCAAAGAAAGAGCCAGAUGAUUCUAAAGAUGAGGAUGAAGAUGAAGAUGAAUCAUCAGAGGAAGACUCUGAAGAUGAAGAGCCACCACCUAAGAGAAGGUUGCAGAAGAAAACCCCAGCCAAGUUGUCAGGGAAGGCUGCACCCGUGAAGCAGAGAGGGUCCAAGCCUGCGCCUAGAGUCCCAGCUGCCCAGCGAGGGAAGGCUCGGCCCCUGCCCAAGAAAGCCCCUCCUAAGGCCAAAACUCCUGCCAAGAAAGCCAGACCCUCCCCCUCAGUCAUCAAGAAACCUAGUGGUAGCUCUUCAAAGAAGCCUGCGGCCAGUGUGAGAAAGGAAGUGAAGUUGCCUGGCAAGGGCAAAUCCACCAUGAAGAAAUCUUUCAAAGCAAAAAAGUAAAUUUUAUAGGAAAAAGGGUAUCAUGAUGAAUUCAAAAUCUUAUUUUCUAAGGUCCGUGUGCAUUUGUUUUAGUUUUGAUGCUUUUGAAAUUACAUUUUUUUUCCUCCCCUAUGAACAUUAUGGGGAGGGAAUAUAAAUAAACCAAUUUAGGCAUUUGUUAGCUUUAGGUGCUGUUCUUGGUGCCUGCCCCUCUCCCGGUCAUUUUAAUUUCUGCGCUAAUUCUGGACGUCCCUGAACUGUAUACUUGUCCUUUUUUCUCCCUCCACUCCAACUCUCCUUUUUUUUUAACGUCAGCUUUUGCUUUUUUUUUUCCCCCCCCUCCAGUUGUAUCUAUAAACGGUUGCAAAACAGUUUAUAUUUGUUA